CCACUCCAUUCUACCUCCUGAGCGAGUGCUGUCGGCGUCAACAUGGACCACCACCGAAUUUCUACUCCCUCGGACAAGGAACUGAGUACACACUCCCAGGGGUCGGUAGCGCGGCGCUAUAGUUUGGUGGUGAACCAGUACAUGAAGUCCAUGCUGUCCAAGUCCGAGUCGACCAACAGCAGCAUCCCGCCGUCCAAUAUUCUGACCCACAGCGCCGACCAAGCAGGGCCCGAGGAUGCGUCCUACGUCAGCUGGGACUGCCCCGACACCCCAACCACCAAAGGCAAAUCCGAGCAAGCAAGCGCCUCUUCCUCGUCUGGGGCGCAACCAGGAGCAUCUACCUCCUCGUGGGCGCAAGCAGGAGCAUCUACCUCCUCGUGGGCGCAAGCAGGAGCAUCUACCUCCUCGGGGGCGCAAGCAGGAGCAUCAAGCAGGAAGCAGACACAGAAACCCAACUCAAAUCCUUUCAUUGAAAUGCUUGGCUUGGUCCCCUUGAAAUCGGAGACGGAGCCCCCGCCCGUGGCCUCGGUGGGAACGCCCAUCAGUGCUUAUGGUGACGCCUCUCCAAGCAUGAAAGCCCACGUCACACCUGUUAUUACAGUCGAUUCGCACUAA